AUGCAACCGUUUCUCUCUCUCUCUCUCUGUCUCUCUCUCUUUCUCCAUUCCCCUCUUUCUUUCUCCUUUUUCCACCUUUGUUUCCUUUCUUUUCCACUGAUCAUCUUUCAAGGCAAUAUCCUUGAGUCUUUUAAUUUACCUAUUCUAUCAAUUCUUACCGCUUCUUUACACCAUUCUUACUAUUAUGAUUAUUCUAUCAAUUCACUUCUUUUAUUUUCCUACAGUAGUACCAUUACUCCCUCUCCUCAGAAUUUUGUGUUCCCAUGCAAAUAUCCAGUUUAUCUAUCCUCACCUUCAUCUAUUCUUGAUAAGACUUUUACACAUCUGUCUUUCUCUCUCUUUAUAUCUCUUAAUACUUUUUUUUUCUUUAAGUAUUUUUCUUUUUCUCCAAUUUUAUCCCUCUCUUGGGAGUUUGACCUUUCGAUUAUAUAUGACUCUCAUCAUAUCUAUCUAUCUAUCUAUCUAUCUAUCUAUUUCUACUUAUUUUUGGCAUUUCGUUCCCUAUCUAUCUAUCUAUCUAACUAUCUAUCUAACUAUCUAUCAGUCUAUUUCUACUUAUUUUUGGCAUUUCGUUUCCUAUCUAUCUAUCUAUCUAUCUAUCUAUCUAUCUAUCUAUAA